AUGAGGAUGAGGGCUUUGGUCCUGUUGGCCGUCUUUGCAGAGGCCUCGGCGAGAUCAUGCACGCCUAAUAAAGCAGAUGUCAUCCUCGUGUUUUGUUACCCUAAAACCAUCAUCACUAAGAUCCCCGAGUGCCCCUACGGAUGGGAAGUGCAUCAACUGGCCCUCGGAGGGCUGUGUUACAAUGGGGUCCACGAAGGAGGCUACUACCAGUUUGUAAUCCCAGAUCUGUCGCCUAAAAACAAGUCCUACUGUGGAACGCAGUCCGAGUACAAGCCCCCCAUCUACCAUUUCUACAGCCACAUUGUUUCCAACGACAGCACAGUCAUCGUGAAGAACCAGCCCGUGAACUACUCCUUCUCCUGCACCUACCACUCCACCUACCUGGUGAACCAGGCUGCCUUUGACCAGAGAGUGGCCACUGUUCACGUGAAGAACGGGAGCAUGGGCACAUUUGAAAGCCAAUUGUCUCUCAACUUCUACACUAAUGCCAAGUUCUCCACUAAGAAGGAAGUCCCCUUUGUGCUGGAAACUUCAGAAAUCGGUUCAGAUCUUUUUGCGGGAGUAGAAGCCAAAGGGUUAAGCGUUCGGUUUAAGGUGGUGCUGAACAGCUGCUGGGCCACACCCUCGGCUGAUUUCAUGUAUCCCUUACAGUGGCAGCUGAUCAACAAGGGCUGUCCCACGGACGAGACAGUUCUCGUGCAUGAGAAUGGAAAAGAUCACAGGGCAACUUUCCAGUUCAACGCUUUCCGGUUCCAGAACAUUCCCAAGCUCUCCAAGGUCUGGUUGCACUGUGAGACGUUCGUCUGUGACAGCGAGAAGCUCUCCUGCCCGGUGACCUGUGAUAAGAGGAAGCGUCUCCUCCGGGACCAGACUGGCGGUGUCCUGGUGAUGGAGCUGAUUCUCCGCAGCAGGGGAUUCUCGAGUCUUUAUAGCUUCUCAGAUGUCCUCUAUCAGCUCAUCGUGAUGCUGGGGAUUUGUGGCCUCUUCUAA